CACACUUCACAAACUCAGACUUUGCAACUCUGGUAAUGGAGAGAGCAACUCAAACCAUCCUAUUCCUAAUACUCUUCGUCCACCACUCUGCAGCUCAAAAUGCCACAAAAAAUGGUGAAUUCCCUAUUGGAGUGAUAUUGGACUUAGAUACGCUGGUGGCAAAAAUAGCACGGACCAGCAUUCAGAUGGCUCUGGAAGAUUUUUAUGCAGCUCACAAAAACUACAACACAAAGCUAGUGCUUCACAUCAGGGAUUCCUAUAGCAAUAACAUCCAAGCUGCAUCAGCAGCUCUUGACCUGCUGGACAAUCAUAACGUGCAAGUUAUCAUAGGCCCACAAAAAUCUUCGCAAGCUUCUUUUGUAUCAGAUCUUGGGAAUAAGACUCAGGUCCCUGUCAUAUCCUUCACAGCAACAAGCCCGUCCAUUUCCUCUGGCAGUCUUCCAUACUUUGUCCGUGCAACAUUGAAUGACUCUGCACAAGUGAAUACCAUUGCCUCCUUAAUCAAAGCCUAUGGGUGGAGACAGGUUGUGCCUAUUUACGAAGAUACUGAGUAUGGUAAAGGUAUCAUUCCAUAUCUCAUUGAUGCCCUCCAAGAAAUUGAUGUCCGCAUUCCCUAUCGGAGCGUGAUCCCUCUGUCAGCAUCGAGUGAACAAAUCACUCUGGAACUCUAUAAGUUGAUGACAAUGCAAACUAGGGUCUUCCUUGUACAUAUGUCAUCUGCUUUGGCCUCAAAACUCUUCACAAAGGCGAAAGAGGUUGGUAUGAUGAAUAAAGGAUUUGUAUGGAUCAUGACAGAUGGCAUAACCAAUAUCAUAGACUCGCUGAACCCGUCAGUCGUGGAAGCAAUGAAUGGUGCCUUGGGCAUCAAGUUUUAUGUUCCUAAAUCAGAGGAACUUGACAACUUCACUGUAAAAUGGAACAGAAAAUUCCAAAUAGACAAUCCAAAUGAUCCUCCAUUGAAACUAAGCAUAUUUGGACUGUGGGGCUAUGAUACUAUAUGGGCAGUAGCGCAAGCAGUUGAAAAGGUUUGGAUUAACAAUAGGACAUCAUUCCAAAAACCAGCAGUUCCCAGAAUCUCAACAAGCAUGGACAUCCUGGGAGCUUCAGCGUAUGGACCAGAGCUCUUAAAGACCAUUUUGCAAAACAAAUUUAGAGGUUUAAGUGGCUACUUUGACCUUUCAGACAAGCAGCUGCAAGUCUCCACAUUUCAAAUAAUAAAUGUUAUUGGUAAGGAAUGGAGGGAAAUUGGGUUCUGGACAACAGAAAAUGGAAUUCCACAGCAGUUAAACCAUGGCAAAACAGAUUAUCGAAAUCUGUCAAUUUCUCAUCCAAACAGUGUGAUUUGGCCAGGAAAAUCAACAGAGAUACCCAAAGGGUGGGAAAUUCCAGUAAGUGGGAAAAAACUUCAAGUUGGAGUGCACAGAAGUAUGUAUCCAGAAUUUAUGACAAAUGAAAAGAAUCCUAUCACAGGGAUAACUAAAGCAAGUGGCUUUUCAGUUGAUAUUUUUGAAGAGGCAGUGAAAAGACUUCCCUAUGCAUUACCUUAUGAGUAUGUGGCCUUCGACGAUAAUAAUGACUCAGGGCGUUCAGGCUAUAAUGAUUUUGUGUACCAAGUUUAUCUCAAGAAAUAUGACAUAGCUAUUGGGGACAUAACAAUCAGUUCUAACCGAACUUCCUAUGUCGACUUCACUGUACCAUACACAGAAUCGGGAGUGGCAAUGGUUGUUCCAUACAAAAACAGCAGCAAUAAAAACACAUUGGUCCUCUUGAAGCCACUAUCAAGUGAACUGUGGAUCAAAAGCAGUCUUUUAGUUAUCUACACAGGGGUUGUUGUUUGGUUAUUGGAGUUUCUAGGCAACAAGACAAAGGCCAAUCGGACAAUUGCUGGCAAGCUUGGAAUUACAGCAUUCUUCUCUCUGUUUGGAGACAAGGACAGAGUGGAACGCGUCCUAUCUCGGAUAGUUUUGAUUGUAUGGGUAUUUUGCUUCCUUUUUCUUGGGACAUCUUACACUGCAAACUUGACAACGCUUCUAACUAUACAACAGCUAAGUACAAAUGUAACUGAUUUCAAUGCACUCCAGAAAAGUGGGGAACAUGUAGGCUACCGUACUGGCAGCUAUGUCGGGAAUCUACUAGAACAGCUCGGUUUUGAUAAAUCAAAGAUCAAGCCCUAUAAUAGCCGAGAAGCAAUCGAAAUUGCACUCUCCGUGGGAAGCAAAAAUGGUGGUAUUGCUGCCUAUGUGCAUGAAGUCCCAUACAUCAAAGUAUUUCUAGCAGAGCACAGCCAGGAGUACACUAUGGUUGGACCACAUUACAAGACAGCAGGUUUUGGAUUUGCAUUACCUAAAGGAUCUCCUCUACUUGGAGACAUCUCAAAGGCAAUUCUUGACAUAGUAGAGGGGGAUACUAUUAUUCAAAUUAGGAAUAAAUGGCGUGUAUCUCAAGACAAAUACAGCAACAUUGUCCCUGCAUCUGUUCCUGAUCCACUCACCACUGAUAAGUUUAUGGCUCCAUUCCUGCUUUCUGCAGUUGUCUCAACUUCUUCCCUUUUGAUAGCUGUCAUCAUUUACUUGCAUGAAAAGAAGAACAAGCGAAUGACCAGUAUGCAAGGUGAUCAAAAUAAAGAUGGAGUAGAAGUAAAAUACAAAACACAAGAUGGAAACAAAAGAGGCAUAGUCGAAGAAAAUGAACAGCUUGAAGCAGGCAGAGAUCAAAAUGAUCAGAAACAAGAGGAAACAGGUUCAGCUGCCAUUUAUAGGAGCGAAAAAAUUCUUCAUUCAAGAGUGGUACCCAUAUAAAGUUCAGCUUGUUACUAGCUCAGCUGAACUGCAUUGCUUCACAAUGCCAGAAAAAGGAAGCUCAAGCAAAAAAGUGACAUGGUAAAACUGGGUUUAGAACUUUUUUUAAUUUCCUAUAUUAGGAAUUUGGAACUUUGGAAUGGCUCUGCUUUGUUUGUGGCUUAUGAAUAAUACUGCUAUAAGAAAGUGAGGGUUCCAAUUUCUCCCUA